GGAUUUUAUCUCCAUUGUAAUGUAAUAAAUAAAAAUAUAUUUUCAUUGUGAAGUAACAUUAUCUAGUAUUCUAGUCCAUUGUCUUGGUUCUACAGCAAGAACAUUCCAGAAGAAUAAGUUGUGAAUGCAGUACAAUAAUAUGAAUUCUGGAAGUUUUGUGCUUAAUGGCGGUCGGUACGUACAGGAACUCAGUUACACAUGCUUCCCAGUGAAACUGUAUCGUAUCGUGUCUAAUGAGAAGUAUCUUUCGCUAUGGUGGGCCGAAAGUGGAAGUCAUAUAGUUGUAGAUUUACCAAGAUUUGAGCAAGAGAUAUUGAGAAAUGACUCAGUUCCAGAAGCAGACGGUUUUAAAACAAUCACAUUCACCAGCUUUGUUCGCCAGCUAAACUUGUAUGGGUUUAGGAAGGUAGCAAUAACCAACGAUAGCCACGUGGACCCAAGAGAGUGGCAACGUUAUGCCCACACAUACUUUCUGCGGGGAAGACCAGAUUUACUCAACCAAAUUCGAAGACAACCGGGACCUAUGCACCGUAGACCAACCAUGCAACAGCAACCUUAUAUGAUCGAUGCCGUUGUCGCAUAUGAAGAGGCUAUAGAGCAAAGUUUUCUGGAUCGAGGCUUACGACCGUCCAGAAAAGGACCAAGACCCAAACUACAACAAUGCCCAACUUCGGCAAUGAAACUAACAAAACGACAUAAACGUUAUUUACAGCGAACACAAGGCCCGCCAGGCUAUAACUUUCCGUACCAAGUCAUACCAUUCAACAUGGGCGGUUAUUCAACUGUACAUGCAUAUUAUGCAUCAGCUGCACCACCACCAUACCACCCACAACAAAUGCAGCCAACUAUUAACACAGCGGGUGCAACGUGGAACGCAAUACCGAUCGAAAUGAUGCCUUCUACGUCGCAUUUUACACCGAUUAACGAAGCACCUGUUCGAUCUGUUAUACCUUCAGAACCAAAACAAAUGACAAUAGACCAAUGGCAGAAAGAGUUGAAUUUAGUUGGGACCCAACAGCAGUUUGACAAUACGGGAAACGAACCUUGUACUUCAAAUGCAGUUGGACUCAAUGGGGACCCAAAUCUAAUGCUUUCUGGGGACCCUUGCAUUCGACUGGAGACUGGUACGUCUGAGGCAAGAAACUUGGAUCAGCAAAUCGAACAAUUUGCUUACGGAAAAGGUGUUCAAAACCAAAGUAGUUCAACAGCGAUGGCGGCAAGUCAGUUCACUUCUGCGCUCAACGCUGCAGUUCUUGAUAGCGAUGACGUAGGCAUGACGUCAGGGGAGACUUACUGCAUGACUGAAGAUGUCGGAAAUUUAGCUUUGUGGGGCGACGAUACUAACUUACAUAGUAGCAGUAUGUUACCUGAGCAUAUGUUUGUGUGUUAAUUGUUCCGCAUUGUUAACUAUACAGGGGCUAGAAUUAAGUGUUCGUUUUCGUUAGCAUUGUGUUCGAAAUAAAAAAAA